UGAUCUACACUCAAACGUCAAAUGUCAAUUAUAUAUGGAUGACGUAGUUAUCUCGACUUUUGCAUUUGCAAUAUUGUAGUAAUAUUUUUGAAAACAACGCAUUGUACAAUUUAAAUAAACGCUAAUGUAUCUUCAUCUAUAUAAACGACAAAAAACGAAUAAAAUUUCAUCACCUAAUUUUUUUGUACUAAUAGCAAAUGCGUCACUAAAAAAUGACUGCUGAUAUUUGAUUAUUAAAAGCACAGGGGCGUCUCUACUUGCUUAAUAAUGAAUUUUUUAUUUCUUAUAAUUUGUACAACAAAAAUGAGUUGGAUAAAAUACGCAAUGAACCGCCGCUGAUUAUUGAAAUAACCACAAGGUCACGUUUGAUAAACAAUUUACAAGUAAAACAAAAAAUUUUAAUAGGAAUCAAUAUGUGAAGUCGUACUAAUUUCCAAACAAAUAUUUUGUGUUGAAUUACAUAAGACAUUAGAAAUAAGAAAGUUAACGCAAGAGCAUUGGUGCAAUGGGAUUAAACGAUGAAAAAAAUAGAAUAAAUAUUGAUGAACCUAGAUACGACCAAAAUACAUAUAUAGGAAGAGCCAAACAUUUCUUUAUCACUACAAAUCCUCUAAAUGUAUUCGCAUCCAAUAAAAAACUAGAAGAAGCCAAAUGUAUAGUUGAGAAAUACAGGCGUAAAGAGCCGCUACCGGAUGAUUUAACAGAAGAUAAAUUAUGGAGAGCGAAAAAUUUAUACGAUUCAGCUUUUCAUCCAGAUACGGGUGAAAAAAUGUUCGUUUUGGGUAGGAUGUCGGCGCAGGUACCUUCCAACAUGGUAAUCACGGGAGGUAUGAUUACUUUUUAUAGGAGCACACCUGCCGUAGUAUUUUGGCAAUGGCUGAAUCAAUCUUUUAAUGCAUUAGUCAAUUAUAGCAAUCGAAGUGGAGACAUCGUACAAACUGAUCAACAACUAUUAACCUCAUAUUUAUGCGCUACGGGAGGUGCAGUGGGGACGGCAUUGGGUUUAAAUAGUUUAACAAAGUCAAUGCCGUCUAUAAUAGGACGAAUGGUUCCAUUUGCGGCUGUAGCAGCUGCGAACUGCAUUAAUAUUCCUAUGAUGAGAGCACAGGAACUUAAACAAGGAACCCCAGUGUACGAUGAACAAAAUAACAAAUUAGGGUAUUCUAGGGCAGCAGCUACGAGUGGUAUAGCUCAAGUAGUAUUUAGUCGAAUUUGCAUGGCGUUACCGGGGAUGGUGUUCACUCCAAUAGUUAUGAACUCUCUAGAACGAAAAGGAUUUCUUCGACGAUAUCCUUGGAUGAAUUUACCGAUUUCCGUUGGAUUUUUAGGUCUUUGUUUGACUUUUGCGACCCCAUUAGCCUGCGCAUUUUUCAAACAGAAGGCUUCGAUUGCAUUUACGAGUUUGGAGACUGAAUUACAGGAAGAGAUUAAAUCGAAAUAUAAAGAUGUUCCCACUUACGUGUUCUACAAUAAAGGAUUGUAAUUUGAUGACAAUAAAUAAAAUCUUGAAUUACAAUUUAUUUUAUUGAAAGAUAUGCUAGAAAAUUAUAGAUGUCUUUGAAAAGUUA